AUGAAGAUGGAUGCAGACCAGAGCGCCACAGCUCUCCCGACAAAACAUAAUGGGGCCGAUAAAGAACUCGCGACAGCGAUCGGAGAGCGUGCCGAGCAACCGCCCAAGACUAACGCGAAUGCGAAUGGCGAUGAUCAGACCACCACUAGCCAGAAACCGAACCCAAAAGAUCCUUCAAGGCCUCGGAGGAAGAAGGCGCGACGCGCAUGUUUUGCCUGUCAGCGAGCGCAUUUGACAUGCGGUGACGAGAGACCGUGUCAACGCUGCAUCAAACGUGGACUUCAAGAUGCCUGCCACGACGGUGUGCGCAAGAAAGCAAAGUACUUGCACGAUGCCCCGGAUGGCGCGCUGAUGCCAGGAGCCGCUGGAAAUAAUUUUUACAACAAUUCAUCAAUUCCUAACAGCAUUUCUAACCCGGUCAAUGCUGCCGCGAGUACCCAGAACUCAGGCGCGAAUUUCUAUCCCACACCCCAGUCGAACUACAACAUGUACCAGGAAAACCCCAUCGCUCACCAAAAUGCAUUUCCGUCGCAAUCCCCAGUUUCCCCAACGUUCAGCUUAAAAACAAACCCGGCCCAUCGAAAUAGCACAUCCGCACCUAAUAACAAUAAUAAUCCUGCUUUGACAUCUUCAAUACCCCAGCCGUCGACAACCGGUGUAUCAAAUGCCUCAAACCAGAGCCAGAAUCCGUUCGCCGGUCCCUUCUUCGACCCCAGUGAUCCUGCGCUCUUCAAUUUUGAUCUAUCGAGUAUGAACUUUGAAAAUCGUUACGGUGCGCUGGAAUUUGGCAUGCUCGGACACAUGGCCACUGGCGCUGGAGACUCUCCAGAUUCAGGCACGCAUAGAGGAUCGAUGGGCCGCAGCGGUUCGACGCAGUUUGCGUCCACGCCCAUCACGGGGACUGCUACUUUUGGGGAAAGCCCCCAGACGCAACAGCCUUUCAUGUUCGGUGAUCCUCUCUUAAAUGAGUGGCCGAGCGGUCAGACCUCGGGCCAGCCGCACGUGAACGUCGGCGUUUACCCGCAAUCCAGCCAGGGUAAUGUGAUUCCAGGGCAUUUGACCAAGCCUGAUGCGCCUCAUGCAUUUGCGAUUGAAAGCGGGCCGACCAACUUCACAAGCCCGGGUGCGGCGGCCAGCCCGCAGAUGACCAAUACUGGAUACGAAGAGCCGAGCGCGUUUAAUAAUGUCGUCCCAAAAUCCAACGGGCUACCCGUGAAUGGACAACAGCGUCCGCCGACCAUCUCGACACCGAGCUUGAAGCACCACACUUUACAAACAAGUAAACGACGCCAGCGCAACCCAUCGGCGGUUUACGAAAACGUUAGGGAACCGUAUGCAUACACCAGUCGCUUCCACAAUUUGACGGCGUUCAUCCAGCGACGCUUUUCACCGCAGAAGACGUUGCAAAUUGCAAAAGCACUAGCGUCUAUUCGACCGUCGUUUAUUGCGACGACCAAAACUCUGAACCGAGACGAUCUUAUCUUCAUGGAGAAAUGCUUCCAACGAACCCUAUGGGAGUACGAGGAUUUCAUCAACGCGUGCGGUACGCCAACCAUCGUUUGUCGUCGCACAGGGGAAGUCGCUGCUGUCGGGAAAGAGUUCAGUAUUCUGACCGGAUGGAAGAAGGAGGUGUUGUUAGGCAAGGAGCCCAAUUUAAACGUCAACACAGGCGGCUCAUCAGCUGCUAAUUCACGCAACGUCACGCCACGAGGGUCCAGUGAAGGCGCAGCUGGCCGUCCACAUCCAGUGUUCUUGGCCGAGCUGCUUGACGACGAUAGUGUGGUAGAAUUCUACGAGGAUUUCGCGCGACUGGCAUUUGGCGAUUCACGCGGUAGCGUGACAACGAGAUGCAAGCUGCUCAAAUAUAAAACGAAAGAGGAUAUGGAGACAGCGCAGUCGGAUGACAGCAGCCAGCGGUGGAACAAUCACCUGCGCAAGGGAGGUAUUGCAAAUGAGGCCGGGAUGAACCAGUUAGGUUUCAAGGACGGCAAAGUCGAAUGCGCAUACUGCUGGACAGUCAAGCGCGAUGUGUUCGACAUACCCAUGUUAAUAGUGAUGAACUUUUUACCCUGUAUUUGA